AUGGAGGGACCGGGCAACAGUCUCCCAGUCGUCGCGCAGGGCAACCAGUUUUGUUCCACCUGUGUUGCCAUGGCAACUGAUCAUUCCCAGACAGUAGUGACCUGUAUAAGUUGUGACGACGUGAUCACAGUUCCCGUGACGCUCAAAUGUGGUCACAGCUUCUGUGGAUCGUGUGUCACCAGCCACACUCAACACUCCCAGCAACUGCCGGACGCCACAGCUCUGGACGUUUUGUACUGUCCACUGUGUGGUGGGGAGACGAGAGUGCCUCACCCCCAGCAACCCCUUGACGAGUGGGUGGGGCAGGUGGGGACGGUCGCCUUUGUCAAGAAUCUCGUUGGCACUGUUGCAGAACACGGAGCGGCUGAACGUAUCGACUGCAGCAUCUGCACUGAUGACACGGAAACAAAGGAUGCUGUUGUGUGGUGUCCGGAAUGCGGGGAGUCACUGUGUUCGGACUGUGAAAGGGUACACAGAAAACUUCACACAUCUCACACAGCGACUGACGUCACAAAAAACGUGGUGAAAACAGUACCAAGACGUGCAAGAUGCGACAGGCAUGACGAUGCGGUCAUUGACCUCCUUUGUGAGGACUGCGAUGAAGCAGUGUGUCCCCGAUGUUGCAUCCUGGAUCACAGAAGUUGCAAGAAGGUGCUACCAUUAGACGAAGCAGCUUUAAGAAUAGAAUCCCUGUUGCAGAACAUGAAAUAUGACUUGAAAACAAGAAUCCCUAUACUGGAAGAGCACGUCAGUAUUUGGAAUAAAAAGACUCAGCACCAUGCUAGGAAUUAUGAAGAGGAUGAGAAAAGGAUCAACGAGACUUGCGACGAACUUGUUGCUGAAAUACGACAUCAGCAGAGCCAGGUGACAGACCGGCUGAAGCAGAUAAAGGAUGGGGCUGAUCUGGUACUGAUGAAGGGAGCCAGACAUGGCGAAAUGGUACUGAAGGAUGCCCAACAGAGGAUGAUGUUUGCCAACAAAGCCCUGUCAUCAUCAACAGUAAUGGACCGUUAUGAAGUAUACAAAAUAUUCUCAGCUGUUGACGUCAAUACCAAAUCAGGAGAAGCUGAAGAGUUGGACACGGGAGGUGUUGUGGAUGUUAAAUUUAUUGAUAACAAAACCUCAUUAAUGACGUCUUUGCGAAGGGUGACAGUUGGCUACAUAAUCGCGGGGACAGAGAAGGAGGAAAAGGGUAGUGAGACGGUACAGUUUGAUAUCGGACGGACAGGAGUGCAUGACCUGACUGUUGUCUCGUUUGAGGGCACUAAAACUAUUGUUGUAACACAGCCCGAAGACAGAAUGGUGCAUUCAUUUCAUAUAUCAUUGGGAAAAUCCAACAAGAGUGUCCUGAAACUGGACAGUCACCCAUACGGUAUUACAAACUUUGAUUCGUCAAAGGCUGUCACUGCAGUUCCAAAGAAGAAACAAUUAGUAGUUAUCUCAGUUGCUCCUAAACUACAAAAAGACUCGAUAAUCAAAACCCAGCUUCGAUAUAUUGGGUUGGCCUGCUUGGAUGCAUCAACCCUUGCCUGUAGUGGAGAGGAGGUGGGAGUCAUUGAUGUUAUAGACCUCUCAGGGACGAGACUCCGAUGUUUCGGUGUUGACAUGUUUGUGAAACCUCUGUUCUUGUAUGCAACGCUGGACAACAAACUCCUCGUGUCGGACUGGAAAUGUAACAAGGUUGUGUGUGUGAGCCUUGACGGGACAGUGGAGUUUGAGUACCAGCCAGGAGACAGCAUGACGAUGAGUCGUCCUCUCGGGGUGUGUCAGAGCCCCACAGGAGAUAUCUACAUAGCGGACAAAGACAACCAUAAGGUCAUCCAGCUGAGUCCCACGGGGAGGUUUUUGAGAGACAAAUUCACCUUUGCUGAUGAGGUGUCGGAUCCACGGGCUGUGUAUGUUGAUAAGGACAAUGUCAUUUACGUGACCGUGGAUGACAGGUUCAUUCACACACACGACGUCAGGAAUGAAAGUUCGUGA